AUGUCUUCCGGGAUCUGGCUCGCUGGCACUGUUCUCAACCUUGGGCUCGCCCUAGCCUCUACUCCUCAAGUCACACUUGAAGCUGGCAUCGUCCAUGGAGCCGUCUGCAAUGGCGUCAACACUUCCGUGUAUCGAGGCAUACCAUAUGCCCAACCGCCCGUCGGCAAUCUACGAUUCAUGCCACCGCAACCUCUGAACACUUCAUUCCCGAACGAUACCUUGAAUGCGACGCAAUUCUCGGCCGGCUGCAUCCAAGCGUCGGAUCAGUUUGCAUGGACGGAGCCAUCGACUUCUGAGGAUUGCCUCACCCUAACCGUCUACACCCCCCCUAACAACCCCUCCUCCCUCCCCGUCAAAGUCUGGCUCCACGGCGGCGGCAACACAGGCGGCUCCGCGUCCUACCCCCUCUACGACCUCUGCCACCUAGCGACCGACUCCAUCGCCGUCGCAGUACAAUACCGUCUCGGGCCCCUAGGCUUCCUGGCUUUGGACUCCGCAGGCAUCGAUGGAAAUAUGGGUGUCAAAGACCAGAUCGCCGCGUUGGAGUGGGUGCAAGCGAAUAUCGGGGCUUUUGGAGGGGAUCCGCGGAAGGUGCUGCUUUUUGGGCAGAGUUCGGGGGCGGAUGAUGCGUUUGCUAUCGCGAGUCUGCCACAGACGAAGGAGUUGGUUAGGGGCGUGGUUUGUGAGAGUGGUGGAGGGUUGGAUUUGGCUCCGUUUGAGACGAUGCAGAGCGUUGGGGCGGAUUAUGCGGUGGGGUUGGGGUGUGCGAGGGAUGAUCUGCCUUGUCUCCAGUCGAAAUCCGUGGAAGAGCUCAUAUCGACAUACAGCACGCUUCCAGUCUUCAGCCAGGGAGAAGGAACAUUCACAAACCCCAUGCUCGCCGGAUGGGCUGCCGGUAACUUCCCCAACAGCACCAAUAUGGCGAACCCAUACCUUGACGGAAAGCUCUUCGUUCAGCAACCCCUCGCCGUCGGUCCCCAAGUCCCCAUCAUCCUAGGCUCAAACACAAACGACGGCUCCCUCUUCGCCGUCCCACCCCUCCUAGGCGACUCCAUAACCCCCCAAAACUACACCACCUUCCUAAGCCAAUUCGGACCCCUCGCCCCAGCCAUCCAACGCAAAUACCCCCUCCCCCCCAACGCCACCCAAACCGCCAUAAUCGCCGCCCUCACAAACAUCGAAACCCUCUUCGCCUUCAAAUGCUUCGCCUACCGCGGUCUGCGCUCCGCCAAGAACUCCGGCGUCCAAGCAUAUGCGUAUUCUUUCGACCAUAAACUCUCGUGCCCGUGGUUGUGGGAGGAUGGGACGCCGUUCCCGACGGGUGCGGAGACGGAGUUGUUUUCGCAGCCGAUGCAUACGGCGGAACUGACGCUUGUGUUGGGGGGUUUGGAGAACUUACCUUGGGGGAAUGGGAGCUGUGAUUUGAGUGCGAGGGAGGCUGGGUUGAGUGAGGUUUUGAGGAAGAGUUGGACGGCGAUGGCUGUUAGCGGCGAUCCUAGUCUGGUGAACUUGUCUUGGACGCCGUUCGAUAAGUGUGACACCCAGGGACUCUAUAUCGGCAACAGCACGGUGGUGCGGAAGCUAGAUUUCUCAGAGUGUGAGUUUUGGGAUGAGGUGCAGCAUGAGUUGGGGGGAUUGGAGACUUCUUGGCCUAGUUGCGAGGGGAACGCCACGAAUGUGUCGAAUGCUAGUGUGCCGGCUCCGUAUACUUCGGGACAGGGAAGUUCGAGGAGUGUGGCGAUUGGAGGGUUGGUCGUUGGAGGCCUGAUCGCUUCGUUCCUUCAAGUGAGUGUUUGA